UAUAUAUAUAUAUAUAUAUAUAUAUGAUUUGAACAAUAUGUUAGUUCAUCAAAUUUGUAAAGAUGAAAGGUGUUGGCGCAAAAAAUGCAAAAUUUGACACAGUAAAAAAUAAGAUUAGGUCGGUUCAUUGAAAGAGAAGAAAACCGGGUUGGUUAAACCAACGGUCGAUUCGGCUUCAACCGACCACCGACCACCGAUCGCCCCUCCAAAUGCCUAAACAAACUUCAAAUUAUCCCCAUCUCUCACUCUCUCCGCCGCUUCUUCUUCUUAUUGCCGCCGGCUCCUCGUCAGUUCAGCUACUCCACUGUAUUCUUUCUUCGUUAGGUGCUGCCACUGCCGUCUGACUUCCAAGCGUUCCGCCAUCUUCUGAUCAUUAAUUCCGUGACCUUUUUUUUAUUAUUAUUUGAAUUAGGGUUUAUAAAUUGCCACCCAAACGGACCUAUUUUUGGAUUGUUCCUGAACCAUAUCUGUAGUCGUUCGUUUCCCUCACUAUUUUCUCUCUCAAAGUGUUACCUUUUCAUUCCUCGCCCACCGCCUUGCUAUUUCUCUUCGGCAGUAUUUCAUUAUUUCUUUAUAUUUCAGCUUCUUCGUCUAUGAUUGAUUUGUGGGAUGAUAGUUUGUUUCAAUUCGCUUUAUCGAACAUAAUCGGGAAAUUGGGGGUGAAAUGUAAAAUUGCUCUUAAGUAAUUUUCUUUCGUUCUUUUAACCUAAAACAAAAAAGAAUAAAAAAAGAAUAAAAAAAUCCCCAUUCGUUCCUUUCUUCUUCUCCUUGCACAAAGUGAUUUUUUUUUUCUUGAACUUUCCCGCUUCCACUUUGAUUUAUUCUCCUCUACUCCUCCAGUGUCGUAUUCAUUGUAGUUUGAAUACAGUUUCAGUGCCGUAUUCAUCCUCUUCAAUUUUUUGUUGGGAUAUCGGAGCAGUCAAAACCUCCUUGCGGCUUUUUCAUAUCUCAAUAGGCUUUAGUUAUGACAUCGAUUGACGAGCCCAUGUACAAGAUUAAACCUUCCCAUCAUUUCCAGGCUCUAGUAAGUUGUUUGUCUCAUUUAGAAAAUACAAUACGUAAUAUUAAAGCCAAACUCAACCCGAAUCAGUUAGCCUUAUUUAGGAAAACAAAGCUUGGCCACUUUUUGGAUCUAAAUAUUGUCUUUAAUGGGCCACUCAUCCACUACUUAUUGUUAAGGGAGGUGAAAGAGGAAGAGAAGGAUCAUAUAAGUUUCUUGCUGGGAAGUGUUGUGUGUACUUUUGGUAGGAGGGAGUUUAACAUCGUAACGGGUCUAUGGGGUCCCGAAAAGGAGGACCCCGAAAAGGAGUCUAUUCAACCUGUUGGGAAUAGUAGAUUGUUGGAGAAAUUCUUCAAAGACAAAAAGUCUAUUUAUGUAAGAGAGUUAGAGGACACAUUUUUGGAAUAUGGAGGUGAUGACGAUGAUAUGGUCAAAUUAGCUUUGGUGUACUUUAUAGAGUUAUCAUUAUUAGGAAAAGAUAGGAGAACCAAAGUGAACCGAAACUUUUUAAAGAUUGCUGAAGACUGGAACACGUUUGACAAUUAUGAUUGGGGCGAGAUUGUUUUCAGACGUACACUUAAUGCUUUAAAAAGAGCCUUGGACAUGCAAUAUGUCAAGGGAAAGAAGGUCUUUAAGAAAAAAUAUACUAUCUUGGGAUUUCCACAUGCAUUACAGGUUUGGGCAUAUGAGUCUAUAUCAACCAUCAUUGGAUGUGGUGUAGAGAAAAUAAACGAUGAUGUCAUACCACGAAUGCUGAGGUGGGUAUGCCAACAAUCAUCGAAGUCUUAUACUAUACAGAGUCAGGUGUUUGACUCGCCAAUGUUGAUAAUUAAGGCAGUUAUUGAGAUGACACCUGAAGAAGAGCAGUUGAGAAUUAGUUCAAGUGAACUUUUUGACAAACUCCACUCAUCUAACAUUGUUCAUAUGAAGAACGGUGGUUCAAAAAGAGGAAGAGAAGUUAGUAAUGACGGAGGUGACUUAAAAAAAAGUAAGAAACAAAAGUUGAAAUCUAAGAUGAAAGAGGUUAUUCGGAAUCUCGAGGAUCGAGUAACGGUUGUUGAAAGUCAAAUUACAAGUCUAAAAUCAGAUAUUGAAGAAUUGAAAGGCAUGAUGUUCAACAUAUUGGAACACAUUGGACUUAAAAAAAAGGAUAAUGAAGGCGAUCGCAUGAGGUUUGAAGGCUCAGUAGAUCAUACACUACAAAAUGAAGAAGUUGAUGCCCAAGUCCAAGAUGUUAACACAACCGGUACCCCUCCUUGGUUGAGGAUACCAAAGAAGGAUGACAACAAUAAUACGGUGAAGGUGGGUGACGAGCACCAAAUGAAUGCAUUGGGCAAUGAGGUUCAUAUUGAGUUAGAGAACUCCUCAGUACUUGUAAAGCUUUCUUCGAAUCAAUCACUUCAAUUUGCCUUCAACAUUCGGCCAGAGAAUUUGUAGUGGACUUUAGCUUUUUCUUUGCAAUCUUUGGUAGGAGCAUCUCUGUUGUGGGAUGUCAAACGAUUUGUUGUUCAUCUCAAAUUGUUUUUUCUUUGUAAUCUUUUUUAGGAGCAUCUCUGUUGUGGGAUGUCAAACAAUUUAUUGUUAUUUCAACUGACUCCCAUGUAAAAGUAUCAUCUUUUGAAUCAUGACUUAUAUGACCUAUAUAGCCAAAGUGGUUCUUAUUAUGUUA